AGUUCUGAGUAGAAGUGUUCUUUGAGUUUUACACAUUAAAACAAACAUUUUUGAACUUAAGUAUUGCAAGUAGUUUAUUCUAAAAUGUUCUAAUCAAGAACUGAAUGUUUUUAAAAAGAUCAGCUUGAUCGCUUGAUUAACUCAAUGAUGAGCAGCUUUAUAAGAGCAGAUCAAAUUAAAAUAAUAAAAAAAUGAAUAAUAAGCAAAGGACAUUCACAGCAGACUAUAGGACACAAAACAAUCAAUAUGCAUAAACGAGGGCUGUAUGAUUAUUUAAGGAUAAUGUGAUUGCAUCAGGUACCCAAUUGCUCACCACACUGUUACUAGGGGGUGUGAACGUUAUGAAAUUAUAUAAACCUCUGAUCUGCUCGCUCUGCUUAACCAAACUUUCUUAAUGAAGUCAUGAAUCUGGAUAAUAUUAUUAUCAUAGUGUUGCAAAAGAAGAUCUGAAUUUUACAUUACAGUUUUAUAUUACUUUAAAUUAUCCUUAUAGAAGGAUGAAUGUUACCGGGUUUAACCAAACUGAUGGGUGUCUUCCUUAUGUCUGUUCAGAGAGAUCUGUAUCUACUGCAGUUUAUGUGUUACUGUAUAUCUGUGCAGCUGCUGUAGUUCUGUUAACAGUGUUUGGAAAUCUGCUCAUCAUUAUCUCUAUUUGUCACUUCAAGCAGCUCCACACUCCAACUAACAUGCUCAUCCUCUCUCUGGCUGUAUCAGACUUUCUGGUUGGAUCUUUUGUGAUGCCGAUGUUAUUAAUCUGGAUGAUUGAAUCCUGUUGGAUUUUUGAGAGAGUUUAUUGUAUUUUUUUUCUUCUGACGUCCUACUUUUUUACAAGCACAUCUAUUUAUAGCAUCGCUCUGAUUGCUGCUGAUCGUUACUUUGCUCUUUCUAAUCCAUUUAUUUACACUGAAUCAGUUUCUGUGAACACAAUGUGUGUUGUGGUUUUAUGUAGCUGGUUUAUAUUGCUGGUAUAUAUUUUAGCACUCUUAUACUUCAAUAUACCAGUUGUAAAAUUAUUGAUGUGUCCUGGAGACUGCUUUUUAUUAUUAGAUGAGAUCUGGUCUUUAGUUGACCUUGUGGUAACAUUUGUCUUUCCUUUUACUGUUAUAAUUGUACUGUAUGUUCUCAUUUUUAUUAUUGCCAAAAAACAUGCCACUGCUAUCAGAGAGCUUAAUGCUCAAACACGGACUCAGACAUCAGGAAAUACAUCAGAGUCAGUAUCAGAGAGAAAAGCAGCGAGAGCUGUUACUACUUUAAUAUUUGUGUUUAUGGCUUGUUUAUUUCCUUAUUUUGUUUACACAUUGUCAGGAGAUACUGAUCAAAUAGAAUUUAAUUCGUUUCAAAAUGUAUUUAUCCUGCUUUAUCUAAAUUCUGCUAUUAAUCCAGUUAUUUAUGCUUUGUUUUACCCAUGGUUUAGGAAGUGUGUUAAACUGCUUCUAACUUUUAAAAUAUUUAAAACAGAUUCUGCACUAAUGAACGUGCUCUGAAGAAUUACAAGGCUAUUAUAGUUUGAAGGAGAAUCAGGAGAACACUUUUUUAAAUUAUUAAAUGUUUUUUUUUUUUAACCUGGAAAGGACCUGGUGAACAUGUUAAGCAUGUCACUAAACUGGGUGAGUAAAGUUAAUAAGUUAAUAAUAAGCGUCACAAGUUAUAGUUCUUAAGACAGUAAAAAAACACUGUUAAAUGGUUAAGUAACAUCUUAAUUAAUUAUUAAUUGGCACUAGUAAAGACUUGAUUAAAUGUUACUAAAUUUUAAUACUUAACAGUGCUGUAAAUAAUAAUGAAUUGAGACAUUAGCUACAUGUAAUGUUGAAUAAUGCCUCAACUAUUGUCAAUUAAUAACUUGUUUAGACUUUCUGUUGUAAGUACUGUUAAUUAAUCUUCCUUUAUUUUAAAGUGUUACCGAUGAUUGUUAUCAGUGUAGGCAAUGACAAAGCAAGUCCCUAAAGACAUACAAUUGAUAGAUGCUUGGAAAACAUUAGGAGCAUUACUUAGUCUAAAUGCAGGACAGCAUACUCAUAAAGUCCAGUAAUGAAAAUGUUUUUUUUCAUUCACUCCAUUUUUCAAUAAUUUAAUGCUUUAUUGUGCAGACUAAAUUUAAGAUACAUGGAUGUUUUGCCAAUCAGUACAUAUCAGUUUGAUCAUUCAGACCUCAGAAGAUUAUUUAGAAGAUGUCUGGUGAGUGUCUGUUAACUUUGUGAUCCAAUGCAGUCUCCCAUUUAAGCAAUAAAAAUGAAAGUCACACAUUAUUAAAUAUAAUUACAGAUUAAGUUAUUAAUGGAUCUUUACUUCUGUAUGUUCUUUAAGGUAAGGCAGUGGAAUCACUGUUUUGUUUGUUUACUUGCACAUAUGUACAAAUAUCUAUGAACUUGUUAAAUGUUGGGUUCUUACAGAGCUUCAAGACCUGAUGUAUUCAAGUAUUUCAAGUGAGUGAUCAAAAUUAUGUCUAAAAUAAAGUGUGUGUGUGUGUGUGUGUGUGUGUGUAAGAAUCUGGAACAUUUUACAUAAUUGAACUGUUAAUUAUUGAAUGCCUAUUUUGUAUUGCCUUAAACAUAGAGUCAUACAAAAAUAUUCAUUCUUCAAUUU